CCGCGUCCAGUGGGCAGAAGCCAUUAAUGGCCGAUUUUUUCACUUCCCGAUAAAAUUAUCCGGAGGUUAAUUUCAAGUUUUGGCCAAUCACGUGCAUGGAUCUGGCAGAAAAUCAAGCUGGACGAUUGCAUGAUGGAAGAUGCGACGCAGACGACGGCGCACGAGCUGCAGAGCGCAGCGACCGACGAUUCCCUGGAGGUCGCCUCGAAAUCCUGGGAGCGCGUUAUGGACACCGCCGCCAAGAUCGGCUACAGAGAAGGGAUCCAGGACGGAGGUGACUCGGUGCUGCAAGAGGGAUUCGACAUCGGUUUCAAAGACGGCUUUGAGGCCGCUUUCCCGCUGGGAAGGCUCAAGGGUCUGGCCGUCGCCGCAACACCCACGCGGGAACAUCCCGCGCACGUGCUCGCCGCUCUCGAUAAAACCAGACGUGGCGCGUGUAGGAUAUGCGACGUGGGGUCCUCUAAUCAGCGUGAGGGCAUCGCGUUCGAACGCGCGUUGGACGAACAGAAGAUACACUCCAUGGAAGUGCUGGCCAGACUACACAUGUACUUCGAACCGAUCCUGAAGAAAUUGGGCAUCGACAUCAAUAUGUUAGAUAUACCUAAGUGACGUUUUAAUGAAUAAUUGGUGAGAUUAUUGAAAGUUAAAAUCUUCAUACAAGUGUCUUGUGCUAUCCGGGAUUGCGGGAAAGUCUGCGCCAAUCGGAGCCGGGCACUGCCUCGCGUCGUACGAUUCACAAUUGACGAUCCGCGGCUGACUCCGUUGUAAUCGCGAUUAUCAAUGGCACGUCUGAGCUCCAGGUUUUUAAUCUUGGUCCGAACCAGUGACAGUUUUCUCUCUGCGGAUAACAAGCGUACCGAAUGUUUGGGAACAGGUGGGACAAAAUUUUAAGUGUUUUCAAUGAAAUGUAAAAUGAAUAUUAAUCUCUUAUUGUAAAAAUACAGAAUGCCGUAUCAGGGUGUAAAGAAAAUAUUAGUUUUUAUAGCAGAUAUUGUCUUCCAGCUGAAAAUUAAAUAAAAGUGAUCAA